AUGAGCCUGGAGUCGCUGUUCCAGCAAAUCCUGUUCACCGAGCAGCAGGCGGAGGAGAGCCGCAGGGCGCUGCGGGGAGUGCGGUCCGACCUUAGCCGAUGCCGGGAGAGAAUGACGGAGGCGGCGGAGAAGCUGCGCCGGGAGAAAAUGAAGUUGGAGGCCAAGGUUCAGCAGUUUUCUGAAAAAUCAUUCCUUUUAAAGCUUUUGAAAACCCACGAAAAUGCACUAGAGAGACAGUGCAGUGAAAUUAUGAACCAAAGGGACACACUGCUGCAAGCCUUCGAGGCCACAAAGAAAAGAGUGACAGCAGAAGAGGAGAAAUUUAUUAAGGAAAUUACAGACUUCAAUGAUGAGUAUGAAAUCGCCAAGAAAAGGGACAUUCUGAUGAAAGAAGACAUGAAGAUGGAAAUUGCUGACUUGGAAAAGCAGGCAAACGUUUUGAGAGGAGAAAUGAAGUCAAUGGAAUGUGACAACGGCCACUUACAGGAACUACAAAGACAAAAAAGUCAACUGUUACAAGAAUUAUUUACUCUCCAGAAAAAGCUUAAAGUUCUUAAAGAUGAAGAGACUGAAGCCAUCUGUAACACCAAAUAUCUAGAGGCAGAAAAAAUAAAAGUCAAGGAAAAGCCUCAACAUGAUGCUGAAUGCUUGAGACUUAAACAGGAGUUAGAGCUUUAUAAUGAAGAUGAAAUGGAAAACACCUGGAAAGUGCUCCAAGCAGAAACACAGUUCCUGGAGUCGACACUGGCGCAGAAGGGCCUUCAGGAAGAGCAACUUCCCGGAGUUGAUGAGCUGCUCCACACCUGA